UCCUUGCAGUUUGGUCGGAGAAUAACUAAGGUUGGAAAGAUGCUAGACGGAGCAAAGUUCAAUGUGCUGAAUCACAACAACAACAACAACAAUGACAACAACUACUAUGCUUUCACGCAAGACUUCUAUCAGAAGCUUAAUGAAGGCACCAACAUGUCCAUGCAGACGAGUAACGCUGGAGGUUCUGUGUCAAUGUCUAUCGGCAACAGCAGCGUUGGUUCCAGUGACGCUCUUAUCAGCCACCCGGGGUUGAAGCCGCUGCGCAAUAAUGCCUACUCAUCACCUUCUGUUGGCCAAAGCGUGUUCCGCCCGGCCGGGAAAGUCACACAUUCGUUGAACGAUGAUGCCUUGGCUCAUGCACUGAUGGAUAGCAGGUAUCCAACCGAAGGGCUGGCUAACUACGAAGAGUGGACGAUAAAUCUGAGGAAUCUCUACAUGGGUCCUCCCUUUGCUCAGGGGGCUUUUGGUAAGUUAUACAAAGGGACUUACAAUGGGGUGGAUGUGGCGAUCAAGAUACUCGAGAGGCCAGAGAACAACCUGGAAAAGGCGCAGUUCAUGGAACAGCAGUUCCAGCAAGAGGUGACUAUGCUUGCGAAUCUGAAGCAUCCAAACAUCGUGAGGUUCAUCGGUGCCUGUCGGAAGCCAAUGGUGUGGUGUAUAGUGACUGAGUACGCCAAAGGAGGUUCCGUGAGGCAGUUUCUGACAAAGAGACAGAACCGUGCAGUGCCGUUGAAGAUAGCUGUGAAGCAGGCGUUGGAUGUCGCUAGGGGUAUGGCUUAUGUCCAUGCACGCAACUUCAUACACAGAGAUCUCAAGUCGGAUAACCUCCUCAUCUCUGCUGACAAGUCAAUCAAGAUUGCUGAUUUUGGAGUUGCAAGAAUCGAAGUUCAGACGCAAGGAAUGACACCAGAAACCGGAACUUACAGAUGGAUGGCUCCGGAGAUGAUACAGCACAGAGCAUACAACCAGAAAGUGGAUGUGUAUAGUUUUGGGAUUGUGCUGUGGGAGUUAAUCACAGGACAGCUACCGUUCCAGAACAUGACAGCAGUACAGGCUGCGUUUGCAGUUGUGAACCGAGGAUUCCGUCCAACGGUCCCAAACGACUGUCUCCCGGUGCUGAGUGAGAUCAUGACUCGAUGCUGGGAUGGUAACGCGGAAGUGCGUCCGAGUUUCGUUGAGGUUGUGAGUAUGCUUGAAGCUGCGGAAACAGAGAUAAUGACGACAGCUAGAAAAGCCCGUUUCAGAUGUUGCAUGAGUCGGCCAAUGACUAUCGACUAAAUAAAAGAGAAAGAAGAAGAAAAUAUAUAAGAAAAAGGUCUUUUAGAUAAUUAAGUAUGUGUCUGUGUGUCCGUUUGUAUAUCUAUCUUAUCUAUCUUAUUAAAACAGAAACAUUCUGUUGGACCUAACAUUUAUUUUGUAAGUUUUUAAAUUAAAUACACCUUUAUACUUUAUAGUUAAACAUACAUUAAGUCACUAAUGUU